AUGAUUAAACAAAUAUCAAUUGUUAUUGUUUUGUCCGCCUGUUUGAUAACAAAUGUCCGCGCUUCUGUUUACACACGCGCCGUUGUUGAGAGCUGCUCGGGAUGUUCGUUAAAUCGGCUGGCUGAUGUCAAAAAAUUUAUCUUUGAGGAUGUUCCGGAGUACGGUAAUGUCGAAUUCAAGCAUAUCACUGGAGCAAAACCGGAACUAGUCCUUUACGACAAUGAUGACGAAGUAGAACGCCUUGCGCUGUCAAAACUCACCAGAGAUGAGUGCAAUGAGCUGCUGCAAAGUAAAGGUUUCAAACGUGAGAAAACUCCACGGGAUGAAAUAUAA